UCUGAUGAGUGACAGUGCCACUAUCCUGCUCCUCCAUCACAAUGGUCGACAUGGAGAGCCAUUACCACCCACCAUCUCCCCUGGAGGACUCUGUGCUAGACAGCCCCCUGUGUGCUGAUGAUGAUUUCAUGGGGGGCAUGGAGGAGUUCCAGGACAUCUCCCAGUCCAUUGAUGAGGAUGCCCUCAGUUCUUUUGAGGUCCCAGAAUACCAAUCCUCCAGUAACGGUUCUGAAGGUUCCACUGUCCUAGACGCCCUGACGCCAGCAUCCAGCCCAUCAUCAGUUGUGUAUGGGGUGGCAACAAGCCAAGAGGAGUUCUCCUCCUCCUCCUCACUCAGUCUGGAGUGCCGAGUGUGUGCUGACCGCGCCUCAGGAUACCACUAUGGAGUUCAUGCCUGUGAGGGCUGCAAGGGUUUCUUUCGGCGAACUAUCCGUCUGAAGCUCGAGUAUGACAAGUGUGAGCGUCGCUGCAAAAUUCAAAAAAAGAACCGUAACAAGUGCCAAUACUGCCGCUUCCAGAAGUGCCUGGCAGUGGGCAUGUCCCACAAUGCUAUCCGGUUUGGCAGGAUGCCCCAGUCAGAGAAGCUAAAACUGAAGGCGGAGAUGGUGAUAGGAGACAGGGAGGUGGAAGACCCCCAGCUGGCUGACCAAAAGACCUUGGCCAGGCAGAUUUAUGAGGCCUACCUCAAGAACUUCAACAUGAACAAGUCCAAGGCUCGAACCAUUCUCACGGGCAAGACCAGCACCCCUCCUUUUGUCAUCCAUGAUAUGGAGACGCUACAGCUGGCAGAGCAGACGCUGGUGGCCAAGAUGGUGGGCUCCGCUGGAGCACUGAAGGACAGGGAGGCAGAAGUUCGGAUCUUCCAUUGCUGCCAGUGCACUUCUGUGGAAACCGUCACAGAGCUCACAGAGUUUGCAAAGUCCGUCCCAGAGUUCUCAAGUCUGGACCUCAACGAUCAGGUGACUCUUUUGAAAUACGGAGUGCACGAAGCCCUCUUCGCCAUGCUCGCCUCAAGUAUGAACAAAGACGGUCUUCUUGUGGCGUACGGCUCUGGCUUCAUCACCCGCGAAUUCCUCAAGAGCCUGCGCCGACCGUUCAGUGACAUGAUGGAGCCCAAGUUCCAGUUUGCCAUGAAGUUCAAUGCACUGGAGCUGGACGACAGCGACCUGGCUCUGUUUGUUGCUGCCAUCAUCUGCUGUGGGGACCGGCCGGGCCUGGUGAAUGUGACACACAUUGAGGCGAUGCAGGAGAGCAUUGUGCAAGUUCUACGGCUCCAUCUGCUGUCCAAUCACCCUGAUGACACUUUCCUCUUCCCCAAGCUGCUGCAGAAACUCGCUGACCUCCGGCAGCUGGUCACUGAGCAUGCACAGCUGGUGCAGGAGAUCAAAAAGACAGAGGACACCUCACUGCACCCACUCCUACAGGAGAUCUACAGAGACAUGUACUGAGGAUUAUGGGGGUAUAACCAAGGGAGGAGCACAAGAAACUCUCCUUUUUUUGUCAGGGACAUGAAAAGAGGAGAAGUCCUCCAUAAGCAAGGACUGAACCACUUAACCUGUCCCAUCUCCAAUGCAGCAAGAGUUAGCUUUGGCUUCUGGUCAGCUUGUGAGGACUAGUUUAAGCUGGUGGUUCUCGGGGUUUGACACAGUGCUCAGCACUCCAAUGUGUGGCACUUCUGAGGCAAGAAAAAAAAUCAUCUGUCCAGCUGUUUGAGCUGCUCCAUAGACACCAGUGUAUGCAACCUCUGACCAAACUCUGAAUGCUAAUUUGAGGCGAUCUCCUCAGUUAACCUCACCCUCAAUGAGCCACCCUAAAAUGAGGAAAAGAAGGCGAACUUGAUUAUUGCCACUCCAGUCGUAUGUAUGAAUAUAGAUUUUUAUAUUAAUAUUAAAGAGCAAAGAGCCAUAUAUUGUUAGAUUUAAUAACAUCCAAAUAAAUUCAGUGGCCACAACAGCAGAACUGAGGCAGCCUCUGCUGAAUUGACUGCAAAAACAGGAAAAUCAGCCUUCCAGCGUGUUCUUCUUUAUACAAGCAGUCACUUAUCUUGUGUCAACAGGCUCCUGAACAUUUUUCUUUUAUGUCAAUUAAGCCAUUCUUUGUAUUGUUCCUGGAAACAAUCGUUGUCUUUCAAAUUCUCUCCUCAAGAUCACAAACUUUACAGGCAGCCAGUUUACGCUAGGGUAGAAAAGUGCAGAAGUUAUUUUAAAAGGCAAUAAUAACCACAGGCACAGUCUCACUUUGUACCACAUGACGCAUCAGGAGCACAAACACACCUGUGGUAUGUUAAUACUUGGUGUCUGUGAAAUGCCUUUUUUCACUAAUAACAUGCACAAAUGUUUGACACUCCAUCCUGUGUUGUGUCCUCAGAUUUUAAGGGCUAAUUCAAACUGAAAUCUUAACACAGCCACACUUCAAGCUAGAAGGUAACUCAAGUAGUUCAUGUCAGUGCUGGUUGUCAUUGUUCUUCAGGGGUUUUAUCUGCACAUUUUUUUAGAUGAUGACAAAUGAAUUAAUGAAAAAAAAAAACAGUUUAAACAUGUUUAUAUUUACUUAUUGAUAAUUGUUGUUUCUUUGCCCUCAAAAAUGUUUCAGUUUGGGUGUAAAGAGAGAAUUUCUCUGCUAGUCUCUACUGACUUUGAUUUAAUUCUGCACAAGAUUAUUCUGUUGACUUUUCUCAAUCAGUCUGUUUGACAAUGAAUGAAGAGCAUGCAUAUACCUCUAUGUGGCAUCUUUUAGAGAUUUUUAGAUUGUGUUUAAAAAAAGGCCAUUCUUGCAAUCUGCCGUCACACUGGCCUUUAUAUAAGAGGAACAAGCUACAUGAAAGACCUACAGUAAAGGAAUGUUAAUAGAGAUUGUUGGAAUUGUGAUAUUACUAUUGAUUAAUAAUUAUAUAUAUAUAUAUAUAUAUAUAGAUAUAUGAUAUAAAAUAAAUAAAACUGGCAUUGUUUUCAUUUUCCAUGAUUAAUCAAAUUAUCCAUCAGAUAAAGCAAACCAUAAAGAUGUAUGGUGACAUACUGCAGAGUUAGAAUUUCUCCAUCUCCUAUCACUUAAUGCAGCCCUGUUUUUACCGUGUUUUCUUCAUAGCUGAAAUGAUCACAUCGACUUCUUUCCCUAACUUUUAACUCUUGAUGUACAAAAGCCGCUAAUGCUGAUCAACUUUUGUAUUCUUCAGUAUGAUGAACGCGUUCAAAUUUUACAGUAAAUUUAGUCUUGUACUGUAUGUUCUUUUUGCUUUAAUUGAAUUAGAUCAUAUUUUUAUACUAAAGCAUAUAUGUAUGGCUAAAUUUGAUGCGUUUUCUUUACAAACGGACAAUUUAAGUGUGCAGUGUAAAUAGAUUUAAGAUGUAACAGGGCAACUGAUAAUCUAAAUAUCCUUGUAUCUGAACCAAGGCGGGACAUUCCUUUAGUUGAUUGCUGUCUUUGGAAAGAGAACCAUAAAAACUGUAAUAUGUGUUUAGUUCUUUUCAGCCAUGUCAUUUACUUGUUGAAUUAAGUUAUGUGAUCUGAGCUGAUAAUUGAAGGAGGCUGUGCAGAGCUUUUUUCUAGCUCACAACUUUGGGUGGUUAAUUAAAACUUGACUGCGUGAUCUUUGAAUAUAUGAUAGAUGUAGCUGCACUGAUCACACAAGACCGAUCUCUUUUUGAUACAGUUUUCUCAGGUUGCAUAUUUGAGUACAAAUGGAGUAACAUGCAACAGACAAAUCUUUUUUUUCUGACAUAUCUCUGUUGGCUGUCAGAGACUCUCAGUGCACUCAGAAAUUGCCAUCAUAUCAAAUGCCAAUAACAGUCUAGAUAAUGCAGUAAUGUAAAUGUAGAAUAUAUUUUAUAAUCCAGGUUUCUGUCUAACUUUGUCUCCUCACUUGCUGCUAUAUUGUACUCACCCACCAAUGCUUCCUCUGCCACGAGUAGAUUACCGACUGACUGAUUACUGACUUCAAGCUGCCUCUCCUUACUGAUAUAAUGUCACAGAAUGUCAGACCCAUGCUGACAAUUCAUUGAGCUCUACUCAUUUUUUUUUUUUUUUUUUUUUUUUUUUACAUUGCAGAUUUCUUAUGUGUUUGGCGUUUAAUCACAAACAGUGUGUGCCUUAGUGUGUGUAAAUGGCAGCACCAGGGAUAAAAAAAAAAAACAAAAACAACAAAUUAAUAAAGACUUAUGCACACACUUGGAAAAAUUUGUAAACUGUCAAACUCUUGAAGUUAUAUAUGUCCCCUUUUUGUGACACAUUGGGGUCUCCAUAGACAGAAAUAUGACUGUAGAUUUGGGGAAAGAUGAUUUUUUAGUUAAGAUUUGCUCCCAGAAAAGACCAACU